GAAAAGCUCAUCUUUCCGAAUACUGAUCAUUUCUUCAUGAUCGUGUAUGAAGAUCAAGAUCCCCUGAGUUGUUGUGUGUUCAUAGGGAGUAGGUUCUUAGGGAUAUUUCGAUCGUUCAUAGGGUCUUGGGUCGUUCUUGGCUCGUCUUCCUCUCAAUACCAUUUAAAAACUGUUUUUCAAUGACGUCGAAGAUCAUCAUUCUAGUACCACCUCCAGGCUACUCGCUCUCGCUCUCGUCCCCUUCCCACAUUUUCUCCGACCUGCAAUUAGUAGUCUAAGUUCUUUGUGUUUCGUAAGUAAACUUGCAUAUUUUUCACGGUGCUCAUUUUGCUCACGAACAGACUGACAUGAUCUUUUUAGUACAAAAUACGUUAUAAACACUUAUAGAAUUGGCUGCCGGUCAACCUUUGAGUUUGAAGUUUAAAACUCCAACACGAACAUUGAUAGGAAUUUUCUUUACAAUAGGUCAGUAGCAUGAAAAUGUCGCCUGUGCGUGGUAGUGGAAGCUCUACGGACUCCAGUGAGGCGGGGUCGUCGCCCCAACAGCGCGCGCCGCUGAGGCGACGGUUUCAUUUGAAGGGAAAGCAAAUGUUUUACCCUCUCUAUGCAUCGAGAAGGCGUAGCACACCUCCACCACCUGACAGUCCCGAGGAGAAAAAUGCUGCUGGCGCUCCAGGAGGUGGAAAUAAGAAGCCCUAUUUCCUUAGCGCAAGAACGACCGAGAAGUUUCUAGAAGCGAACGCACGUUUUUGUCGCACCUAUGGGCAGAAAAAACCGAAACGGGAUCUCAACAAGAAGCGACCUGUGCAGGUGACCUCUUUAUCUUCACAACAUCAACAACAAGGAGGAGGUGAAAAUCAGGAAGAAGAUCACGAGGACGAAUUUUCCGAAGCUUCCUUUACAGUGACAAGUUGCAGUUCGGGGGCUUCGGACACUAGCGAAUCCGACUGGGAAGGCGAGAAGUUUGACCGAACCGUGAUCAGUAAGGCGAAGCUGGUGCAUGCGAAAGAUAGGCCUUGGACAUGCUAUUGGGACGUCGAGAAGAUGUACCAACCGAGUUCAAAAAACGAUCGCGAAAUGUUUUCGCAGGAAAUAAAGGCAAGAACAAUGAAGAUGUUCAACAGUAUGCAAGAAGAUGUCGAACUUUCCAGGACUACAUCAACGUCCGUGGGUAGAACGUCUUCAACUACAUCUAAGAACUCCGAACAUAAAAAAGAGCACGAACUACAUCAAUUACAGACUCCUGGAGGUGGAACCACUGCAGCAUCAACGCGCAUCUGUAGGAACAAGAGCUCCAGUACUUCUUCUUCCAGCAGUACUUCUUCCAGACCGUACUUUGAGCUAAUGGACGGCCAUAAGCGUCAUAGGAAAUUUGUUGUCGUUCACAAUUUCAUGUCUCCUGAAGAAAUAGAGGGCAUCCAUUCGGCCUAUCGCAAUUGGAGUACUGCGGAAAUCCGAGACCGCAAGCAGAAUCUCAAGUAUCGACACACAGCUUAUCGAGUGGAGACAGAGUUGAAGUUUAUGAACGAAUUUAUUAGAAUAACUUGUAGAACAGAUGUUUGUAGCAUGGUGGACUUGGAUGGAUCGGAUGGAGCCCCCUAAAUCUUCAGGCCCUACGUAAAAUGACUAGCGCCCUGGGAAGUCCAUCCGUUCCAUCCGAUCCCUCCCAUCCUGAAUACGACAACCCUAGAAAUAUAAUAAACUGUGCUAUUAUAAGCUUAUUUCAACAACAUUGCUGUUGCUGUUGCUCGAAGACGAAAUGUUAGCGGUUUAUUUUGAUCAAAUCGAAUGAUAAUAAAUACUUAUAUCGUUUUCGUUAUCGUUCUCGUCUCAAAUCUCCGUCGAUACAGGCCUCUAUCUUGACAUGAAGAAUCUGGAUCUUCUUCGGUCUUCCUGCUCUUCUAAUCCUAACCUGCAACCGGAAUUGUAUGGGCGGUUACUCGAGUGCGUCCAUCUAGUGGAUGAUGAGCUUUGGCGGAAGAUGCCUAGAAUUACCUAUCCCGAGCUCGAGUACAUCGUCUAUGAUACGAGACGCAAAGUUCGAAGACGCGCAGUUGAGGAAGAGGCGAGAAGAGCAGCUGCGCAGUUACUUGACGUAGCUGGCGAGGAUGACGACUCGGACGACAGUGACGACGGAGGAGGUGAUAAGAGAACAAGAAAGAGCAAGAGUCCGAAAGACAGAAAAAGUUCAUCUGUCGUGGUAUCUGCAAAUGGUGACGGAACGAACACGAAAGGUGGCCCUGCUCAAGAAGGCUUGACAGAAAAGCAGAAGCAACAGCAGCAGGUGUAUUACUAUCGUUCGUGCAAUACAGUGGAUGCGGCAGCCAUGGCGACCAAGUGGGAAUUCCACAGUCAGUGUGUGCAGAGAGCAGCCAAAAGCACCAGCAAUACUUUUGUUGCGAAAAAUGAAAGACGAUCUACAGCUGUUGGUGCGGAGGCUAAUAAUACGUCGCAACAGCAAGACGACCCGAUGGACACAGACGGGGAUGAUAGUGGUAAACUUAUCUUUGUUACAUUUAUUUCUCUUGCUGUUCUAGAAGUAGUUGUUGGAGUUUGUAAAUUUAACAGGUAGAACAUUUGCUCUUCAUCUACUUAGUUGUUUGAAAGGUAAACUUUGAUAUUACUAGGUGCCCGCCUUUCUCUCUUCUCCUAUGGUUGUUGUUCUUCUUCAAUAUCAACCUUCACCUUGUUUCCCCCGUCCCAAAACGAUUAGACUCCGAGAAAGCCGGCACAAGCAACGGCUACAUAGAGGAGCACGUGGACAAUGACAGUGUGAUCACCUUCAUUUUGAUGCUUACGCAGCCAGGUGUCGACUACGUGGGUGGCCGCAACAACUUUGCACGUGGUGAAAAGCAUAGUAUUCGACGACAAGUUCAACUCCAAAAGGGCGAUUUGGUUCUGUUUCGCGGUGAACGGUUGCGGCAUUCAAUCACCCCAGUGACGCAAGGAUGUCGGAUUAUCCUGCAAGGCGAAUUCUCGAAAACAUGAUCUUCACUUCUGUCCCCUACUCCUACAUGUACUCCUACUACAUGGUCAUCUCCGAAGUCGUAGUCCCUCCAAAAAACAUGUUGUAUGAAGUGUUAUAUAGAAGAUUGAUUUGUUGAUAAAUCACCACCUCGUCCACCACCCGCACCAACAUCAUCUACUUCAUCACUCCUAUGUUGAAUACGUCUCUUAUGUCGUGAUUAUGAAGUUGAUGUACUCAAAUAGUAGAAGGUCUUCGUCCCCCUUCUACUUUGUUCUUCUUGCACAGUAAGGACAUUGCACGAUUCUCGUCCAUUGUCCUCGACGACCUAAACAUAAAAAUGCUGCAAAAACGAAGAGAACGCGCACGAUAAUCGUGGUUGACGUGUAAUCAAAGUUUUUUAACAUGAUCUUCAUGAAACAAGAAGAAAUUUAUCAUGGCUGACACAGCCUCACAACAU